AAAAACUGUCUAAAAAACUUGCUCUCAAUGAUAUUGACGUCUAAUCCUGUCACGUGAUACAACACUAAACAUAAUGGAAAACUUAUAAAAAUUCAUCAUGUUGCGGAUUCUAACCAAACAAUUUCGUUUCGCUCAGCCGGCUUUUCUAAUAGAAUUUCAGGGCAAUACAUUUUCCAAGUUGCGUCUUCUUUCCAUCCAACACUCUUCAAAAAAUGAACUAAAAAGACGAUUAAAAGCUGAGCAGAAGUUAAAAGAGAAGGCGGAGAAGGAAGCGAAAGUUCUGGAGACGCAACCUAAAAAUAAAUCUGAUGAGAAAAAGUCAGCAUUAAAUGAGGAGGAAAUUAGUCCCAAUGAAUAUUUUAAAAUACGAUCGCAGGCUGUUAGCCAGUUGAAAACAUCGGACAAGCACCCUUACCCGCACAAAUUCCACGUGUCAAUCUCCCUAGAAAAAUUCAUAGAAAAUUACUCGGAGAGUCUGAAGGACGGUGACGUCCUAGAGAAAGAAGAGUGCAGCAUCGCCGGCCGUGUUCAUGCAAUUCGCGAAUCUGGGUCGAAAUUAUUUUUCUACGAUCUCCGAGGCGAAGGCACAAAGGUCCAGGUGAUGGUGAAUGCCAAGAGGUUCUCCAGCGAGGAGGAAUUUUUGAAGCAGACGAGCAAAAUUAGACGUGGUGAUAUUAUUGGAGUGGUGGGAUGUCCAGCGAAAACCAAGAAGGGAGAAUUCUCAAUCGUGCCAAAGAAAAUUGAACUUCUCAGUCCUUGUCUGCACAUGCUUCCUCAUUUACAUUUUGGUCUGAAAGACAAGGAAACACGGUUUCGUCAACGAUUCUUGGAUCUGAUUCUCAAUGACAACGUUCGGCAGACGUUUUACGUUCGGGCAAAAAUAAUCGCCUACAUUCGCAGAUUUUUGGAUGAACAAGGCUUCCUCGACGUCGAAACGCCGAUGAUGAAUAUGAUCGCUGGAGGAGCGACUGCGAAGCCUUUUGUCACUCAUCACAAUGAUCUCAACUUGGAUCUCUUCAUGCGAAUCGCGCCCGAACUUUACCUCAAAAUGCUGGUAGUUGGGGGAAUAGACCGAGUGUACGAAAUCGGGAAGCAAUUUAGAAACGAAGGAAUAGACAUGACUCACAAUCCAGAGUUCACGACCUGUGAAUUUUAUAUGGCCUAUGCGGACUACAAUGAUCUGAUUCGAAUAACCGAGGAAAUGAUAUCUGGAAUGGUGAAGAGCAUUCACGGAAGUUACAAGGUGACCUACCACCCGGAUGGACCGGAAGGUGAAGCCGUGGAGGUGGAUUUCACGCCUCCCUUCAAACGAGUUUCCAUGAUCAAGACUCUGGAAGAGGUGCUCAACACUUCCUUUCCUAAACCCGAGGAUUUGGGGAGUCAGGAAGCUUGGAAAGUCCUGAGCGAUAUUUGCGUCAAGCACGAUAUCGAGUGUCCACCUCCGAGGACAACUGCUCGAUUAUUGGACAAGCUAGUGGGUGAAUUUAUUGAGGAGAAAUGCAUCAAUCCAACUUUCAUAAUGGACCAUCCGGAGAUAAUGUCUCCAUUGGCGAAAUAUCAUCGUUCGGAGAAAGGCUUGACUGAGAGGUUCGAGCUUUUUAUUAUGAAGAAGGAAGUUUGCAACGCGUACACGGAAUUGAACGAUCCAAUGGUUCAAAGAGAAAGGUUCGCCCAACAAGCCAAAGACAAAGCAGCAGGAGACGACGAGGCACAGCUGAUCGACGAGACUUUCCUGAAAGCUUUGGAAUAUGGAUUACCUCCAACGGCCGGAUGGGGACUUGGAAUUGACAGGCUCACCAUGUUCCUCACAGAUUCAAAUAACAUAAAGGAAGUCCUGUUCUUCCCAGCAAUGAAACCUGACGACCCCAAUAAGAACAAAGAAGCUGCUGACGAAAAUGCAAUAAGCAAUAGUCUUCCGGAGAAAUGAAUGGUUACUGACGAACAAUUUGUUUAUUUAUACUUCGAGAUUGCUAAUAAAUUAACAAAAAAUAAAA